AUGAGCAACAUCUCCACGGUGGCCGAAUUCCUCCUCCAGGGGUUCUCUGACAACCGGGAGCUGCAGCUGCUCCAUGCCACUCUGUUCCUCCUUGUCUACCUAAUGGCCCUUCUGGGGAAUCUCCUCAUCGUUGCUGUCACCACCCUCGACCAGCGACUCCACACCCCCAUGUACUUCUUUCUCCAGAACUUGUCCUUCAUAGACCUCUGCUACAUUUCUAUCACGGUACCCAAAUCCAUUGCCAACUCCUUGACCGGUGACAGCUCCAUCUCCUUUCUGGGUUGUGUCUCCCAGCUCUUCCUAGUGGUCUUGUUUGCUGCUUCAGAGCUAUGUGUCCUCACUGCAAUGUCUUAUGACCGCUAUGCUGCCAUCUGCUCCCCCCUGCGUUAUGUGCUCAUCAUGAACAAAACAUCCUGUAUGCGCAUGGCAGCAGCAUCAUGGCUCAGUGGGGGUCUGCUUGGAGUAAUGUUUUCAGCUUCUACUUUCUCCUUGACUUUUUGUGGAUCCAAUGCUGUCCAGCAGUUCUUCUGUGACGCCCCCCCUCUGCUGAAGAUCUCCUGCUCUGAAGUCCACAUUGCCACUGACGUGAGUGUGGCUGCUGCGUUAGUCUUGGAUGCCGUCUGCUUCACUUAUGUCAACCUCAUCAUCAUCCUCUCCUACGUCUUGAUCUUCUCAGCCGUGCUGAGGAUACCAUCUUCCGAGGGCCGAACCAAAGUCUUCUCCACCUGCCUGCCCCAUCUCACUGUCAUCAUUAUUUUUCUCUUUACCGGAGCAUUUGCCUAUCUCAAACCACCUUCAGACUCGCCCUCAGCUCUAGAUCCGCUGGUUUCCGUGUUCUACACUGUGAUGCCCUCCACUGUGAACCCCCUUAUCUACAACCUGAGGAACAGGGACCUGAAGGCUGCCCUGGGCAGGAUCCUA